UGCCUCCGUCGCGCAUUUCCUGCCUAUGUGUGGUUUUGGACUGGGGUUGCAUUUUCAGUCGGUCGCCCAAAACACACACACACACACACACACACACUCAUACACACACGCGCGCACUCACACUUACGCACAGACACAUGUGUCUUCUCUUUUUCCCCGGAGUGUUGCUGCUGAGUACAGUUUACUUUCUGACUUUUUCUUACAAAACAAAAAAUAUAUAAUGACUCGAGUGGAUCCUUUACAUGCGACCAUGCGCCGUUUGAAAAAGGUGUAAAGGAGGAUCAGAUUGAAUCAUGGAUGGAUCAACAAACAGUCUGGAUGAUGUGUCGGCUGGAAGCAGCACAGAGUUUCCAGACAGGCUCUCACUUAUGGAAGUGCGGCUGCAGGCACAGGAAGAUGAGAUCACACUGCUCAAAUCGUCAUUGGCCGACGCACUGCGUAAGCUCCGCCUCCAUGACCAACAGAUCCCACUACUGAAGCAGCAGCUAAUUGCUAUGAACCCAGGUUCAGCUCGGGUGUUGAAUCAGUCGUUUUGCGUUGAUGGCUUCUCCAAAACCUACAGACACUCCACCAGUUCUCUGGACGGACUGCACCACACAUCCGAAAGCCACGUCUCAAACUCAGCUGAAAACGGAGAGAGCAGUAGAGCUCACUCUAUCCCCAGCCUGAAAACAGGCACUAUUGAAAAAGCCACACAAACUGAACCCUGGAACCCUGAGCCUGAGAGAACGCCUUUGGCCCUCACCAGGGCCUCCAAGAGUCUUUCUCUGGAGGACGCGCUUCCCGAAAGCGUCUCUCUCACGGAAAAGGCACUGCACAAAGCCCAGCAGGAGAGUCAGGAGGAAGAAGACAGCGAAGAGAAGGAUAAAAUCUGGCAGUAUAAAGUGGAGGAGACCAUCCAGCGCACAACGAUCAAAAACCUCCAAAAACAACACAGCAAAAGCAGUGAAGAAAGCCAAGGCUCGGCUCCUCAGACUCCAACUUCCAGUUCUCCAGCGCCACCUAAAGAGCCUACACACAGCGGAGCUCUUUCUCCUAUUCUGGAGGGCGAGAAGAAAUUGCUGGAGCGGAGGAACAGUGAUAAAGUGGUAAAGGACAUGCAGGACAAAACCAAACAGCGAAUGCCCAAAAAAGCAGCAUCGUCUACCAACCUGCUGACCAGAUCUCCCAGUCUAGAGGGGCGAGCGAAAGACCUCCUCUCCAGCACAGGAUCCCAGGGUUCGAGAAGGGGAACACAGGGCCAGUCGAUCAAAAUGUUCAUCCGUGGACGGCCGAUCACCAUGUACAUCCCCUCAAACAUCCAGAACUAUGAAGAACUUAAGAUGGACCUUCCUUCUGAGAAGCUGGAACUGGACUGGGUCUAUGGAUAUCGAGGACGUGACUGUAGGGGGAACUUGUACACGCUUCCGUCAGGAGAGGCAGUGUAUUUUAUAGCCUGUGUAGUAGUUCUUUAUCACGUCAAUAGACGAACGCAGCGCUAUUACCGUAAACACACGGACUGCGUGCGAUGUCUAGCAGUCCAUCCAAACAAAGUCUUCAUAGCAUCCGGACAGACGGCAGGUGUGGAUAAAGAUGGCAAGCCUUUACAGCCGUUCGUCCACAUCUGGGACUCCACUACACUGACAACGCUGCAGCAGAUUGGGCUGGGUACGUUCGAGCGAGGUGUAGGAUCCGUGGCCUUCUCGAGCGCGGAUGCUGGGACGUUUCUGUGUGUGAUUGAUGACUCCAAUGAGCACAUGCUGUCUGUCUGGGACUGGAACAGAAACACCAAAAUUGUUGAAGUAAAGAGUACUAAUGAGACUGUGUUCGCGGUGGAGUUCAACCCUGCAGACACCAAUAAUAUCAUCACUUGUGGGAAGUCUCAUGUUUACUUCUGGACUCUGAGUGCUGGCACACUGACCAAGAAGCAGGGCAUCUUUGGCAAAUAUAAGAAGCCCAAGUUCAUCAUGUGUUUCGUGUUCAGUUUAACUGGGGAUGUAUUAACAGGGGAUUCCGAAGGGAAUAUCCUGACAUGGGGCAAAUCAGCAGCUGACAUCAAGACACUGGGCAAAGGUGCAAAAGAGACGUUUCAGAUUAUGAAGCAGACCCGAGCACACGAAGGCAGCGUCUUUACCCUGUGUGUCCUGCAGGGAGGCGCUCUGCUCAGUGGCGGCGGAAAAGACCGCAGGAUCGUCCGAUGGAGUGCAGACCUAGCGCCCGAGAGGGAGUGUGAGAUUCCAGAGAAGUUUGGAGCGGUCCGUACCAUUGCAGACAUGGACGGAGAGGAACUGCUUGUUGGAACGACCCGGAACGCCAUUCUCCGAGGCACAUUUUCAGAUGGCUUUGUGGCCAUAGUGCAGGGUCAUGUAGAUGAGAUGUGGGGUCUGGCCACACACCCCACUCAAAACAUCUUUCUCACUUGCGGCAAUGACAGACAAGUGUGUGUGUGGAACGCUGAAGAACACAGCCUGGGCUGGUGCACCACUUUAGAGGAGUCAGGUCUGUGUGCUGAUUUCUGUCCCAACGGAUCUGUUGUUUCUGUCGGACUGAGCACCGGAAGGUGGCUGGUGCUGGACCUGCAGACCCAAGAAGUGGUGUCUGAUUUGACUGAUGGAAACGAGCAGCUCUCUGUCAUGAGAUACUCACCAGAUGGCAGCUUUUUGGCUGUUGGUUCCCAUGACAACUUCAUUUAUAUUUACAGCGUGACAGAGGGGGGUCGGCGCUACACACGCUUCGGAAAGUGCACGGGUCAUUCCAGUUUCAUCACCCAUCUUGACUGGUCCAAAGAUGGGAAGUAUAUCAUGUCAAAUUCAGGAGACUAUGAAAUCCUUUACUGGGACGUGGCUGGAGGCUGUAAAUUGCUGCGAAAUCGCUUUGAGAGUAAGGAUCGCGAGUGGUCUUCAUAUACCUGCGUUUUGGGCUUCCACGUCAUGGGCGUGUGGCUGGAGGGUUCAGAUGGAACAGAUAUCAACGCUCUGUGUCGCUCGAACAGUGAAAGGCUGGUAGCAGUGGCUGAUGAUUUCUGCAAAGUUCACUUGUUCCAGUAUCCGUGCCCUAAACCGAAGGCACCCAGCCACAAGUAUGACGGUCACGGCAGUCACGUGACAAACGUCCGCUUCACUCACAGUGAUGGUCACCUCCUCUCACUGGGUGGAAAGGACACAUGUAUCCUCCAGUGGCGAGUUAGAAGGGGCGGAGCUGGAGACAACAAGGACCAUCCAACCUCUUCACUUCCUCCCUCCUCUUCCACAGAACCAGGAAGCCAAACUGAGAAGGGGAUAGAAUGAACAGCGAGGGGAAAAAAAAAAAAACAGUGAAAAGUGAAUAUCAGGUUGCACAAACUAAGUAUAAUUCAGCCUACGUUUGACUGUGCUGAAAACAUCCUCGAGUUCUUCUGACCAACAAGGAGUGAAAUGAUGGGAGUUUUCACCAGGUUUACAUGUUAUACUAUGCAAAUUCUAUAGAAAGGCGGACCAAGACUUAUCUUUCUGUAUUCUGAUAUCAGCAAAUGAUUUAUUGAUUAAUGUGGCUUCGCAGGGCAUCAUCUCGAAAGAAAAACAAGUGUCGCAAUUAUUAUUCUCAUCAUAGUACAUGUUUACAUUACUGAACUCUUUCUCCUGUUCGUUUUCUUUGCAGCUGUGAUGCCUGACUAUGACGUACUAAAGAUGUUUGUGUCUUUACACUAUUAAACAUAAAUCAUUUGUCUGUGUAAUAUUGACUAACUGAAAUAUAACAGUUGCAUUCUUGGCACAGUAUGGCAUAGCAGAUGGUAGAGCGGGCAGGGUUGUCACCUCACAGCUCCAGGGAACUGGAGACCUAUUCAAUGUUGAGUUUGGGUUACUGUCUGUGUAGAAUUGUACAUAAUCCUCCAGGUUCCUUCUUCCCAGAAAUACCUGCAUGCAGCUGAAUUGGCUACACUAAAUUGCCUGUACGUGUGGGUGUAUGUUUUUGUGGUGUGCCAUCUAAGGUGUAUUCUAAUCUCAUGCACAGUGCUGCCAGGAUGAAAUGGUUAGUGAAGAUGAAUUUUGUCACUGUACUAAAACACAGUCACAGCAUGCCUUUCUUUGAUGUUAUCCUUCCAUUCAUCCAUUUUCUGUAUCACAAGCUGGGGGACACCAUCACAGGGGUCACACUCACACACUUGGGACAAUUAAGUGAUUCCAAUCAGCCUGUAAAGCAUGGCUUUGGACUGAGGGAGGAAACCAGAGUACAAAGAGGAAACCCUAGAAGAAUGCAGAGAACAUGCACACUCCACACAUAGGGAAAUGACCAACCCCAUGGUCACUGUGCCCUCUUUUUACUCAAUGUUAUAUUAAUGUUUACAUUUCCAGUGUACGACAGAAAUGAGUACACCACUGUGCAUCAUUACUUAAAUGUCAGAAUGAUUGCUGAAUAAUUGCAUUAUUCUCAACCAAAAAUAAAUACUUUUGGAAAGACUAUAUUGAAAAUUCAGGGCCCAAAGUAGAAACUCAAUGCAACAAAACUGAAUAAACGUGUGAUUUCCAAUUAG